GGAGUUGGUUUUAAUUAUCAUAGUCUCUUUGAGCAAAAUUUGAUCUUUCAUCAGAACAGAUGAAAAUACUGCUAUGUGCCAUAUUAUUCUUCAAUUUCUUGAAACUAGAUGAAAAGGGGAAAAUAUGUAGUAGGAGUGUAUAAUGUGUGUUUGUUAAAAAUGUAACUGAUGAUGAUUGGAAAAGGAGGGAAAGAAGGGGUGAAUUUGCGGCCUUGAAAUUUUUACUUUCGGGAGUUUGCUUCAGAAGAGGGAAAUCCAUUCCCUCUCUUUGCGGUCAAUUUCUUGCAAGAAUGGACUCUCUCUCUAUCUCAUUCAGGAGUAGGAGAGUCUCUCUCCUAAGCAUAACUAAACCCUUAACAACUCCUCGUUAUAUUACUCAAUAAAACCCCUUCGAUUUUUGUAAUGUUACUACAGACAUAUUCUUUUUGAGCAGCCAUUUGUUGCAAUAGAGAGACAUAGUCCAAGAAACAUGCCAGGCUUCCAAGCAUUUGGCGGUGAAGAUGUUUCCCUUCUUUCUCAUCCCGACCCUGUUGUGUUGGAGCUCAACAGAUUGCAGAAUCAACUCAAAGAGAAGGAGAGGGAACUGGGAAAAUCUCAAAGUGAAAUUCGAGCACUGAGAGCAACUGAAGCACUGAAGGAUAAGGCUUUGGAGGAGCUUGGAAGUGAAGUCAAGAGGUUGGAAGAGAAGCUAAGAUUGAAUGGAAACCAUCUUGAGCAGAAGCGUCUUGACAUCAAGAAGCUCACAGAUGAAAAGAAGGAAGCACUGGCUGCACAAUAUGCAGCUGAAGCAACUCUUAGAAGAGUUUACGCCAAUCAAAAAGAUGAUGAUUCUAUUCCCAUCGAGUUAGUCAUUGCGCCUCUAGAGGCUGAACUGAAGAUUCAUAAAAACGAGGUUGCAGCAUUACAGGAGGAUAAGAGGGCACUUGAGCGUCUUACAAAAUCCAAAGAAGCAGCAUUGCUUGAAGCUGAGAAAAUACUGAGAAGUGCCCUGGAAAGAGCAUUGAUAGUCGAGGAGGUCCAAAAUCAAAAUUUUGAGCUUCGGAGGCAAAUUGAGAUAUGCCAGGAGGAGAACAAAAUACUUGAAAAGACAAAUAGAUGUAAGGUAUUAGAGGUUGAAAAGCUUAGCCAAACCAUCAAAGAGCUCGAGGAAGCCAUACUUAAUGGUGGAGUAGCAGCCAACACCAUCCGUGAUUACAAGCGACAGAUAUCUGAACUUAACGACGAGAAGAGGACUUUAGAAAGGGAACUUGCAAGAAUAAAAGUUUCAGCAAACCGAGUAGCAACAGUGGUGGCUAAUGAGUGGAAAGAUGAGAACGACAAAGUUAUGCCUGUUAAACAAUGGCUAGAAGAGAGAAGGCUGCUGCAGGCAGAGAUGCAGAAGUUAAAAGACAAAUUAGCAAUCUCAGAGAGAACUGCCAAGGCAGAGGCGCAACUCAAGGAUAAGUUGAAGUUGAGGCUGAAGACAAUCGAAGAAGGAUUAAAGAAUGCAUCUUCGUUCUCUAUAAAUACUAACGGAUCCUACAAGGAUGUGAAGUCUAGCAGCUUCUUUGGAAUCCUGUCAAGUAAUACCAGAGCAAAGAAGAGAUCCAUGUCACAACCUAGGGGAUCUACCAUCACUAAAAGCGCAAUGCAGAUGCUGGAUGAAAAACAGAUGGCGGUCAAUGCUGAAAUGAACCAUAUCAAUAGCUUGAAGAAGAAAAAUCCCAUAUCUGAAAGUUUGUCUAAAAAGAGUCUGUGGGCUUCUCGAAACAAGGUUAUUGGCAAUAGUGGAAAGGAAAAUGCAGAGACGAACAAGAAUGCCAUGGUCAAUGACAAGAUACAGAAAAAAGACGAUGUUACAGAAAUGGGAAACACAACGGGUAUAACCGGUUGCAACAAUGAUAUGAAAUGCUUGGAGAUUGCUGAUAUAGAUGGUGAAGAUAUGGUAUCGGGAGUUUUGUACGACAGGCUUCAGAAAGAAGUUAUACAUUUGAGGAAGUCCUCUGACUUGAAAGACAUGACUCUGCACUCUAAAGACGAAGAAAUCAAGUUUCUUAUGAAGAAGGUCGAAACACUGGCUAGAGCCAUAGAAGUGGAGUCCAAGAAAAUAAAGAGAGAAGCAGCAAUAAGAGAGAAGGAUUCAGCAUUGGUAAAGCUGGAUGAGAAAACAAGGAGCCCAAACUCAUCCAAAAGGUCUGUGAGUGCCUCUUGAAGAUACAUUGCUGGGACUGAGGAAGUCUCUAGAACAAUAGACAUGGUUUAAAGAUCUGUGAUGUAAAUAGGCAGCUUCAUUUGCAUGAAUGCCAGAUAGCAGAAAUAAUAUUAGAGCUGUGAAAUGGUGAGUGCUUAGCUACUAGCUAGCUUCAUGAGUUGUAGGGUGUGAUUCUUCCCUUAAAUUAUCUGAUUUUCCUGUAUAUAUCUGUACAGAACUAUUUUCCUCAGCAGAUUAUUGAAUAAAUUAUAUGUUUAUUUA